UGUUGACAUCUUAUAGUUAAACAGGCAGCUACGCGUAGCGCUGUUAGAUUGAUGAAUGAUGACAGUAUGUAGUUUACAGCAUGGUGGCUGGUGGCAUCGUAAUUGUCAACACCGAUCAAUCAAAGAAUAAUGUCUCACAAGGGUGCAAUUAGAAAGGCUUCGAUCACCAAAGAUGUGCUACAAUCAAACAGUAAGUCCAAAUCAAAAUCUUUAACAUCUCCUAAAGAGUCAGAGAAUCCUGAAAAAAUUGACUCAAAAUCAGAGAAAAAGUCUGAAAGAAUGGGAAGCAGCAGCAGGCUUUCAAGAUCAAUGCAAAAUAUACAAUCGAGUAAAAGUAGUACAAAGCAAACAGUUAGGUCGUCACAAAAUAAAUCCAUAAGGGAAAGUUUGUCUUCUACUGCUAAGUUAAAUGUUAGUGCCUCUAAAACAUCUGUAACAUCUAAAAUGGUACCUGAUCCUCCGAAAAGAUCAAGCAGUAGUACUGUCGUAAAAAGCAGAUCAUCUACUGGAAGAGUACAGAGUACCUACUCGGAGAAAAGAGGAACGAGUACAAUAUAUAUGCCAUCAUCACAUUCGACAAAGCUUAGUUCUAAAUCAGUCAGUAAAGAUACAAGAUCUAUACCAAAAGAAGAAGAAAAUAAAUCAAGGUCUAAGUCCAGACAGCGUAAACUCUCUAGAACAUUGAGUCCUAGUGAAAUAAAAAUGUUGCAUUCAGCUACAAGCAGACCGGGUCAUAUGGUGAGAGAUCAAAGUAAGAGGAGAUCUCCUAACACUAACACAUAUCAGACGAGCAAUGAAGAUGAUUAUGAGGAUGAUUUUGAGGACUACGAAUCCGAUUUUCAAGAGUGCACAGACAGUGAGACGAGCGAAGUUAGCGAGGAAACAAGCACUCAUAGUAAUUCUCCACUGGAUCCCAUUGAAAUGCAUACUGCUAAACAACAUAAAGUUGUGAAUAGCGCCGACCAACAGAAAGAGGAAGAGCAUAUGCAUGAUUCUGGUCAUUAUGAACUUACAGAAGCUCGGCAGAGAGCGGCAAGGAUAGAAUCUAUUUCGAGCGAUCCCAAGCUAUCUUCACUUCUUGAAUUAAGGCAACCAGUUAACAAAACUUAUAGCGAGGACAGAUUAUGCGAAAAUAAAUCGUUACCGUUAUCCGACGAAGGUUUCGAAGACAGUCGUUCCGGUGAUUUUACAAAGUCUCCGCCAUUAUCGCAAAUUUCAUUUAUUGAUUUUCGUAAAACCAAACAGUCUCCAAAAGUGAAGAAGUCAAAAAAAAAUAUAGGCAGAGGUGAAGAAUUGCUGGAAAUGAUUAAAUUAGAUGUCAUGGAAUGGUCUCUGCUAGAGUGUUUGCCUAUACCAUAUGAGGAAUUCAUUAGAAACUAUGGAAAACUGAAUACUCAGCAAAUAUCCACGCAAACUGGGGAAGACAACAUAGACGUAGAAACGCAAACGGAUAAGGCCACAUUUCAAAAUAAGUGGACUCAAUUUCCAAUAACUUGUAGAAGCAAGUUGCGAACUAAAAAGGAUUUGGAUUUGUUUCGUCUGGAUCAACAUGGUGUUGGCAAUGAUAUCGACGACCUAGAUUCUAUAAAAUCUUUGUCGUCUCCAUCUUUUGAUACAUUAAGACUUAACGAUUUCGUAAAUCGAGCUGGAAGAGUGAUGUUAUCACUGUUGGAAGAAAGGAGAUCUGGUGGAAAUGUAUUCAAAAGCAAGGAAGAAAUAGAAUUUAGCGACGGUUUUGUCAAACUUUCUGUGGAUUCAGUCACGUUUUUGGCUGGCAGAGCAGUGACAAUAAUUCAUUAUUCGAAUAUUUUGAGUAAGAUCUUGCUAACCAUCCAUUCUCCAGUCGAGGAGGAAAUUGAGACAACUAGCAAGCAAGAUUAUAUAACAGACUGUUGCAUUGGAUGCGUGUGGAACGUUUCUGAACCAUCGAUGCCCAUUAAGCUAUUUUACUCAGCCUGCCCUAUUACCGCAUGUUCUUUUCACUUAACAAAUUAUAAUGUUGUAUUUGCUGGACUGCAGGAUGGAUCGAUUAGUCUUUGGGAUUUGAAGGAAGACGAAAUGUGGCAUCCAAAAGUUACAGAUAAGGCCAAUGAGUUGGAUUGGACAAUUCGAAUAGCCACUUACACAACGACAGCGAAUACAGAAAUAAUUACUGAUAAUUCGCAAAUAGUUGCAAUACAAAUAUUAUCUAAACUUGAAGAAAAGUCGUACGAAAGACGUAACAAUAAAUUCGUACCCAUUCAGAUAUGUAGCUUAAAUGAAAAAGGUUCUCUUAUUAUAUGGAGCGUUUUACACAGCAUGGGAUUAAAUAUCGAUGAUUUAGGACUGUCUUAUUGGGGUAGUAUAAGACUCGUUAGAAGUCAAGAACUGCUUUUACCAUGUUAUAAUAUGAAAAAAAGAAUCAGUGCAGCUACUUUUAUUGAUAUGCAUGUGGAUUGUGUUGAUAGCAACAAUUUCUAUAUUGCCACUAACAGUAGCAAUGUUCUGCAUGCUACCUGCAUUGGUAACAAAGCUAGUCCUUCUAUGUAUAAAAAGUUUGAUACUAGUCCAUGCGGGAACAUAAACUGCAUAGAAACAUGUCCAUUUGAACAGUCAUUUUUCUUGGUCGGUUGUGACGACGGUACAAUUCGAUUACAUUGUUUGAAUAUUGAAAAACCAAUUUUGCAAGUGAGAGAUGAAGAUAACACGUACAGUAUUAAGUCCCUACGGUGGUCAAAAACAAAACCGUUCACUAUUUUCGUGCUGGACAAUAAUUUGCGGAUACACAUAUGGGAUUUAAGUCACAGUGACAUAUCUCCAAAGCAUACAGUAAGCAUGCAGAAAGUUGGAUCCAUUAAUAGUAUGCAAUUGUCACCUUGUAAAACUGAAAAAGAUAUGAAUCAUCAGUAUUUGGCGUUUGGAACGGAAACCGGAAAUGUAGAAAUAUAUAAAUUGAAACCAGAUUUCUGUAACUCUAAGAAAGAAGAUUAUUUGCAAGAAUUGAAUACUUUUAUGCGAUAUGUUGCGAUUUUGUAAAGAAUCGAAAGAAAUGAUUAUUUUAUACUUCCAAUGUAUAUUUAUGUUCUGCAAGUAACUAGAGCAUAUUUACUUGGUAUUUAAUCCAAGACAAUCUUCUGAACACCACAUACAAAGUAUAUUAUUGUAUUGCAAACUAGAAAAGGUCCUAGGAAAUGUAUUGAUCCGUCCAGUAACAAUUUUUAAUCCAUGAUAUCAAUCUAAGGAACAGAAGCCACGAUUUGUACAAAAGUAUUAUUAUUUAUUGCACAGUAUUCACGUUCUUAAAGAUAAAUACGUUCAUAAAUUGUAUACAAAUCAUUGUUUUAUAAUAUAAAGAACUGUUUAAAUAAUGUGCAAUUAAUAAAAGAUAGAUCUCUGUUAUUUAUUUCACUGAAUAUUAUUUUAUUCACAGAUUUAUUGAAUAAAGUUUUUAUUGCAAUGAUAGAA